GCGUGUUAACCAUGACAACCGUUGAACGUACAUGAAAUAUUUCAAAGAGAACACAAACGCAACCCCGCAUUGCGUUUCCGUCGAUUGUUGUCUGAAUGGAAACUUGCCAACUCUGGAGAAAUAAAGAUCCGCUGUAUUAUUACUUCAAACUCAUCACCGAAGCAAUGGAAGACUUUGAUGAACGCGCUCGUUUGUGGUCGCGUCACGUCACGUCGCGUCGCGUCGGAUGGGACGCUCAGCAUAGGGCGCAUUGUUGAGAGAAUUGGCUCCGCCCGAGCGCGCUGAAGCGCACAACUUUCCUCAGUGCGCGAGUAACGGAGCGGCGUCCGUCAGCACAAGAAAACAAUGGCUAACAUCAAAGUUAUAUCAAUGCUACUGUUCUUAGCGGUAUUGGAGGCUCGGCCAUCUGCAGGACUACAGCCGAAAAUACGACAGAAGAGAGAAUGGAUUGUUCCACCCCGAAAACUGACAGAGAAUAUCGAUUACACAAAUUUGGAAUACAUUGCCAAAAUCCGCUCAGAUGAGGAGACCAGGACCACUAUAAGGUACUCUCUGACUGGACCCGGUGCUGAUCAACACCCCUUGGGAUUGUUCUCGGUGGGGCAUGAAAACGGCUUGGUGAAGAUCAGCGGUGUGUUAGACAGAGAGAAAAUUCCCAGCUACCACCUUCGAGGAGUGGCCAAGUUUUUGAACGGCAGCAAUGCUGAGAAAGAUAUUGAUCUGAGGAUCGUGGUGCUUGAUCAGAAUGACUGUGCUCCGGUGUUUACUACUCGGACAAGUGGAGCGGUUCAUGAGAUGUCCGCAAGAGAUACGUUUGUGAUGAGCAUCACAGCAACUGAUGAAGAUGAGAAAGGAACAUUAAAUUCAAAAAUCGCCUACAGCAUCGUUGAACAGAGUCCUGCUAAAAUGUUCUACAUUGAUCGAGAGUCUGGAGGGAUACACGUCAUGCACAAAACUCUCGACAGAGAGAUACACGACAAAUACACAUUGACUGUGAAAGGGACAGAUAUGAAUGGAGCUUCAAACGGAAACUCAGGAAUGGGAGAAGUUGUAAUCAACAUUCUUGACGAGAAUGACAACAUUCCCACUUUGGAGAAAAGCGUUUAUGAGUGCAGUGUGGAAGAAAACACAAAGCAUGUGGAAGUUGUCAGAAUUCAGGCCAUUGAUGCUGAUCUCAUUCAUACUGACAACUGGUUGGCUGUCUUCAGCAUUAUGUCCGGAGAUGAAGCCGGUUAUUUCUCAAUAAGCACUCUCAACCACACCAAUGAAGGCAUUCUCAUCCUUAAUAAGGAACUGGACUAUGAAGAGCUGAAGGAAGUUAACCUGCUGGUGUCCAUCUCCAAUAAGGCAGCGUAUCACUCAUCAGUGGUCAUAACACAGACCAAAACGUACCGCAUUAAAGUCAAUGUGGUCAACCAGUCUGAAGGGCCACGCUUCAAACCUGCUAUCAAAGUCAUCACACUGUCUGAAGACAUUACCCACAUUGACAUCAGAAAAAUCAUCACCAACUAUGUGGCCAUCGACAGUGACACGCUGUUAACUGCUACUAAUGUAAGGUAUGCGAAAAUAUACGACAUUGGCAACUGGCUGCUUAUUGAUGAGAAGACGGCUGAUAUACGGCUUAAUAAAAUACCAGAUUAUGAAUCCAAGUUUCUGAUCAAUGGCACUUACUACGCCAAGAUAAUCUGCAUCACCAAAGAUUUCCCAGCUAAAACCGCCACAGGUACGAUUGCCAUUCAGGUGGAGGACUUUAAUGACCACUGUCCCAUCCUGAGCAGGCCUUCUCAAACACUCUGCUAUGGAGAGCAUGUAGUUCACGUCACAGCUGUGGACGGAGAUCAUUACCCCAAUGCAGAACCCUUUGAUUUCAAAGUGACCUCGUCGGAGUCGUGGAGUGUCCAGCGUUUCAACGACACUACAGCAAUAUUCAGAUCUCAUGCGAGACUCUGGCCCGGUGUGUACCGUCUGCCUGUGGUGGUGCGGGACCAGCAGGGCAAGUUCUGUGGCGAUCAGCAGGUGCUUCAGGUGAACGUUUGUGCAUGUGACGCUUCUAAAGUUUGCCUGCCAAGACGACCGGACUCCAGAUUUGGAGCACCUGGUGUUCUUCUAAUGCUGCUGGGACUGCUGCUCCUCCUCUUGUUUCCUCUUCUGCUGCUUUUCUGCAUCUGCGGUGGCGCAGCAGCUGCGGCGAAUUUCCCGUUUGAUGCUAAAGAGCACCUUAUUGUGUACAACACUGAAGGACAGGGAGACGACAAGGUAAUGGCUCUCCUGGAAAUGUCAAAAACAAUUGAUGAACACAAGAGCAAUACUGUGGAAGUUGUAGGGGGAAGACAGGAGAAGAUUAGUGAUGCUGUGGAUGCUGAAAGAUUGGACUGGUCCUCCUUCCAUCAAUAUGACCGGCGUGGUAAUGUGUAUCAUCACCACACACAUCAGUUUGAUGCGGAGCAAAUGUACAAUCGCAGAAGAGAUGAACAUAUGAUUGCCAGUUUCAAAGAGCACAACAUCUAUGAAGGGCUUGCUCUGUCUGAAGCUUUCUUGGCCAGCUACUAUUCUAAUAGGGCAAGAUGUGUGGCUAAGGAGGAUGAUACCGGAGACCAGCUGUUGGUCUACGACUACGAGGAUCAGGAAUCUUGCAUGGGAUCACUGGAGGACAUCUGCAGUUUCAUGAAUGAAGACAACCUUAACUUUCUGGAUGACCUUGGCCUGAAGUUCAAGACUUUGGCUGAGAUCUGCUCAGGUUCCACCAUUGAGACUGAUAUUAACGUGUCCAGCCCAGUGACCACUAAAGCGGUGCCAUCUGUCCCACACAGAAAUGUCAACACAUUCGAAAAGGUAAGCGGUGUGCACUCUCAAGAAACCGAAAACACCUCCAGCGCCUCCAUCAUCCUUCAGGCUUCAGGCGUGGAGCAGGUCAGCCGCGCAUCUCUGACAGGAGCGUACAUCCAUGAGAAAGUAAUGGUACAAAACCCACCCAUGUUCGUCCAACAGCCUGCCUUGUACUACACCUCCACCAACCCGCUUUACUUUGUAGAUCCUCAUCCCGCUCUGCUGGUGACGGCCAGCCCAGUCCAGGAUGUGCAAGAGAACAUGGUGGUCGUGGAUAAGAAGAACAUGGACACCACCCAGCAUACUACAGUCAAACAUGACAUGCAGCAGUACCAGGGAUUAGUCCUACUGGAGAACCAGCUGAAGAUAGGGAGUUUGGCGGCGCAGAGCUCUCUCUCAGGAGCUGAAAUGAAACAGUCUACAGCGGCCCAUGAUGUCAGCCAGGUGCUCUAUUCAGCCAGCAGGCGAAUGCCAGCAGAGAGGACGUCUGUGGAUUCAAUGGAUAUGAGGGUUUGUCAUAGUGUGUCAACAAACAUGUGAAGUCAUAGUUUCUACAUCUCUCUUGCUCUACUGGUUAAAUGGAAAAUUUGAAAAAAGUGUCCUGUCCUGUCCUGCAAAGCUGCUGGUGUACACUCUACUUGUCCUCUGCUGACUGGAUAACUGCACAGAAAUGAUGUUUUAUUGACAAAGUUCGGGAGGAGCAUGUGCAGAUUACUAAACCGGCUGGCUUCCAUGACCAAUCUCACCAAUCAUCCAUUUAGCUCGUAGAAAAAAACCCUACAAAUACACAAGAAGCCUUACUCUCUUUCUCUCUACAUUUUCGCAACAUCCCAAAGCCACCCAAACUCCUCACCAUCAGUCCAUUUUUACCGCAGCAUAACAGGGGGGAACGACCCAAGUCCGGGCACACACCGGGACAGCACGGGAAGUCCGUGACUUUAUUGAUUAAAAGUGAACAGAUGUUAUUGAGUAAGUACCCAUUCACUGCAAUCUUACAAUAAUGAUUUUGAGGUUUAGCUGUCGUUACGUCACUCAUAACGAAGGGACGUACAGUAACCUGCAACUCUAUAUUUCAAACAGCAAAGGUUACAGCUUUUUGAUAUCGUUUUUUUUGCGCUUGUUUUUUAGAGUAACUGCAGAGCAUUCAUGUGUAUUUUAAGUAUAUUCUACACUACAUUUAAGAGGAUUUGCACAUUGUACACACACAUUUUGAUAUAAUUCAAAUGUAACUGCAAAGAGGGUUUUUACACAUACACACAUACAAGGCAAAUGCAGUCUGUUGGUUUGUAUUUGUAUUUUGUAUUGCCUAAAGAAUUUUGACUCAACAGCUUUUUGCCAUAAUUAUAGAAUAAUUCUCCUGGUUUAUUGAUGAUGGGAAUAAAAGAGUAUCUGUGAUGAUUGUACUUGGUUUCUUCCUGUUAAAAGAUAGAGAGGAAAGAUGGGCAAAACAAACACUGACAACAACAAAAGAUGGACUUGCCUUACGAUAUUAUAUCGCUUCUAGUUUUUAUUCUUUUAUGACUCUUUAUGAUGUAUCUGCUACUGUAUGUGAAUAAACGGAACCUUCUAACACUACCUGAAUAAACAUCAGGAUGAUAAGGUU